GGCCCCAGACGUUCCAGCCUCAGCCCAGAGUCCUCCUGUGCCCCUACUGCAGCAAGGGGGUCUCCAAGAAGGGGGACCCGGAGUCAGCCCAUCACACCUGGUUUCCUCUCUGCUAGUGUCCUUCAUCCCACAGAGCACUGGAGGGCGGCUGAGGAGGAGCUACCUUAAAAAAGGAGGUGUGUGCCAGGGAGCUGGGUAGGAGCCUGGCUAUAUAUCCGCCCAGCAGCGGUACUCUCGGGACAGAGAUGGCACUGAUGCAGGAACUGUAUAGCACACCAGCCUCCAGGCUGGACUCCUUCGUGGCUCAGUGGCUGCAGCCCCACCGGGAGUGGAAGGAAGAGGUGCUAGACGCUGUGCGGACCGUGGAGGAGUUUCUGAGGCAGGAGCAUUUCCAGGGGAAGCAUGGGCUGGACCAGGAUGUGCGGGUGCUGAAGGUAAUCAAGGUGGGCUCCUUCGGGAAUGGCACGAUUCUCAGGAGCACCAGAGAGGUGGAGCUGGUGGCGUUUCUGAGCUGUUUCCACAGCUUCCAGGAGGCAGCCAAGCAUCACCAAGAUGUUCUGAGGCUGAUAUGGAAAACCAUGUGGCAAAGCCAGGACCUGCUGGACCUCGGGCUCGAGGACCUGAGGGUGGAGCAGAGAGUCCCCGAUGCUCUCGUCCUCACUAUCCAGACCAGGGGGACUGCGGAGCCCAUCACGGUCACCAUUGUGCCUGCCUACAGAGCCCUGGGGCCUUCUCUUCCCAACUCCCAGCCACCCCCUGAGGUCUAUGUGAGCCUGAUCGAGGCCUGCGGUGGUCCUGGAAAUUUCUCCCCAUCCUUCAGCGAGCUGCAGAGAAAUUUCGUGAAACAUCGGCCAACCAAGCUGAAGAGCCUCCUGCGCCUGGUGAAACACUGGUACCAGCAGUAUGUGAAAGCCAGGUCCCCCAGGGCCAAUCUGCCCCCUCUCUAUGCUCUUGAACUUCUAACCAUCUAUGCCUGGGAAAUCGGUACUGAAGAAGAUGAGAAUUUCAUGCUGGAUGAAGGCUUCACCACUGUGAUGGAGCUGCUCCUGGAGUAUGAAGUCAUCUGUAUCUACUGGACCAAGUACUACACACUCCAGAAUGCAAUCAUUGAGGAUUGUGUCAGAAAACAGCUCAAAAAAGAGAGGCCCAUCAUCCUGGAUCCAGCCGACCCCACCCACAAUGUGGCAGAAGGGUACAGAUGGGACAUCGUCGCUCAGAGGGCCUGCCAGUGCCUGAAACAGGACUGUUGCUAUGACAACAGGAAGAACCCCAUCUCCAGCUGGAACGUGAAGCUCUGGAGGCUGGGAAGUCCAAGUCAAGACGCUGGCAGAUUUGGUGUCUGGUGAGGGCCUCUUCUUGAUUCAUAGAUGGCAGCUUCUCACUGAGUCUUCCCAUGGUAGAAGGGGCAAAGGUGUCUCUGGGGUCGCUUUUUUUUUUUGAGAUGGAGUCUCACUCUGUCACCCAGGCUAGAGUGCAGUGGCAUGAUCUCAGCUCACUGCAACCUCCACCUCCCAGGUUCAAGCGAUUCUCCUGCCUCAGCCUCCCAAGUAGCUGGGACUACAGGCACCUACCACUGUGCCCGGCUAAUUUUUUUUUAUUUUUAGUACAAACGGGGUUUCACCAUCUUGGCCAGGCUAGUCUCAAACUCCUGACCUUGUGAUCCACCCGUCUCAGCCUCCCACAGUGCUGGGAUUACAGGUGUGAGCCAUCGUGCCCGGCCUCUGGGGUCUCUUUUAUGAGGGCAUUGAUCCAGUUCAUGAGGGCUCAAGACCCAUUAUGUGACUGAAAGAUUCUCCGUGGGGCCUGAAAGCUUAAGAGAAUGAAUGACCCCUCCCUCCUUGGGCCCAGUCCCAAGGCGCAAGGCCACUUGCGCCAGCAGCAUGCGUCAGCAAGAUAGCAGAAGCAGGAAGAGAGCUGGCCGGAAGACACGUACCCACUGAAGACUGAGAGAGAGGUCGUCCGGGUACAGCGUAGACGUUACAUCAGACUGAGACACUUCCUGUUUACAGGAGACUAUAAAACCCCUGUCCCGUCCUCAUUUGGUGCUGAUGCCAUUUUAAGCCUCAGCCCACCUGCACACAGGUGCUCAUUAAAAGAGCGUGUUGCUCCACACUGCCUCGUGUUGUCUGUUGGCCACGCUCUCGGGGUUCGAACCAAUACAAGACCCUUUCACUAAUUACUUCCCAAAGGUCCCACCUCCUAAUACCAUCACCUUGGGAGUGAGGACUUUCUGGAAAUUAUCAGUAUCAAAAUGGAGUCACUUAUGUCAAACCCUAACAAAUGCCUGUCACAAAAAUUAUCUCAAGAAGCUCCUCAAAUCCACAGUAUUAUAGAUAAGCCACUUGCACAAGAAUAUUUGCCUAACAGUGAGUGUCUCCACAAUAAGCUAACGCCAACUCCUGCAACAGGCUCCUGUAAUCAACGGUACUUGUUUCAAAGAAGCUUAUGUGGACUUGGUCUUUUCUCCUUGCCACAACCUCUUUUAAUGUGCCUAUAGUCCACUAUAGCGUGCAUAUCUCAAGUUGCAAUUCCUUGCAAUUCUUGAAUAAACGCUUUAUUUUGGAGA